AUGCCUCUCCAUCUCUUAGGCAAGAAGUCAUGGAACGUCUACAACGUCGAAAAUAUCGCACGCGUCAAGCGCGACGAGGCGCAAGCAAAAGCCCGUGAAGAAGAAGAUGAGCGUAUCAUGCAAGAGGUCGAUGCUGCACGCAGGAUCAAGAUUCUUCGUGGCGAACAUCCGCCUACGCCUCCGCCAGUGCCCUCCCUCGUGUUGUCCGAACCUGGCGCUCGUUCAGACAGAAAAAAUGCCAGCGAUGCGGGAGGAUUUCGUAAGAGAAGGCGGGUUGCUGGGGAAAAUGAUACAGAUCGAGACAUUCGAUACGCUCGGGAGGAUGCAGCACAAGCGGCUGCUAAAAGGGAUGAGUUGAUGCUUAUUUCUCACAAGGCUGACACAGCACAAGCUCCGAUUCUAGACAAGGCCGGCCAUAUCAACCUGUUCCCAGCCGCAAGUGCUAAAGCAGAGAAGAACCCUGAAGCUGAGGCUGAAGCAUCACGGAAGAAACGCAGCUAUGAAGACCAAUACACAAUGAGGUUCUCCAACGCCGCAGGCUUCAAGGAGACUAUUGGCCAAAAACCUUGGUAUUCCUCCGCAGAACAAAAUGCAACCGCACCAGAGUCGAUGCCCGGGAAAGAUGUGUGGGGCAACGCGGACCCGAGGCGUAAAGAGAGGACACAGGCUCGUAUGAGCGCGAAUGACCCACUUGCAGCCAUCAAGCGGGGUGUGCGUCAGUUGAAAGCAACAGAGCAGGAACGGAAGCGGUGGAAUGAUGAAAAGCGAAGAGAGAUCGAAACUUUGAAAGCAGAGGAGGUGCGGAAGUCGUGUCAUCGGCGAAGGCGAUCCCCGUCAGUGGACAGCCUCGACGGGUUCAAACUGGAUGCGCCGGACAGAGAUCGGGAGAAAGACCGAAGAGGUUCUGACAAACACCAUCGUCGCCAUAGAGAUCGAAGUCUAGAUCGCUCGCAUCAUCGCUCGCGUCACCACUCCUCUCAUCACAGUCAUCGUCAUCGUCAUCGCCACGAUCAACGUCCCGAGGCUGCUAGGCAGGAAAAUCAUGCUGGAGCCAAAAAAUAA